AUGAAGCGUUCAAUGACUGCUGGUUUUAGAAAUGGCGGAGACGAUAAGAAGGAGGACAAUUCACCUUCUGCAGCAGAACUACGUUUGCCAAAGAGCAUUAGGCCAUGUGACGAUAAAACUUACGUCUUUUCUUUUCUUACAGUGAGCUAUGAUUUAAGCCUACAGGCUUAUUUGCCUUCAUACGUGGAUUUCCCACACGAGAAAGAUUUUACAUUUGACGCUGAGCUCGAAAUGGUACUUGACGUCAUUGAAGUAUCCGAGAAAAUCGUACUCAACAUGAGAAAUAUCACUAUUAACAAAGGAAGGAGUGAACUCAUGUGCCUUGAACAUCUUUUCACAAACACCUCAAAGCAAGAUUUUCAAAAAAUUGAUUAUUUGAUGGAAGUUUUUGAGAUAGGUCAAGAUUUUGAAGUUAUGCCUGAUUCAAAUUUGGUCCAAAAAAAUGAUGUAAUCCUCAAUGCGUCAGCACCUAUAGAUUGGCAAAAUUCCGGUAAAGGGCUUGGUGGCGAAAAAGUUGACAUUGAAAAAGUUGUUCCGAAGGAUAAUCUGGAAAAGGUUGAGAUUGUACCUGCUAAGCGACUUGUAAAGGGACUUCCGCUGCGCGCUCACCAUUGUAACAUCUCCAGGGUGGCUGCUGUUACUCAAAUGGAGCCAAUAGAUGCCCGCAGCAUGGUACCUUGCUUUGAUGAACCUGAAUUCAAAGCUACAUGGAACGUGAAAAUCAUUCAUCCCAAAGGAACGAAAGCGAUCUCAAAUGGUUUGGAAGAGAAAAAGUAA